CCAUAGGGCGUCUGCACCAUUUGAACCGAAUAGAACCAUAAGACAAUACAAAAACUUAGUAGUUGUCAAAAGACUUCUUGUCCGUCUGAGGAAUGCUUAUGUUGUUAAAACAGUUGAUGUUCUUAAAGAAUUGCUGAAGGAGCCGACGCCUCAUAAUUUAGAGUGAAAAGAGGCAAGUGUUGCUAUAUUAUCGUGCUAUAAGAACUUAUGAUACCAAAAACAAAAGCAUCAAUAUGAACAAGUUCCAAAACAAUAAUCAAUCCAACGACAAGACACAUAUCACUUAUCAAGGGCAGUUGAAAAAUAUCUUCAAAAACUAUAAAACGGCUUAUGGGUCGUGGUUUUUUGCAAUAUUGAUAUCACCGGUCGCCCUGGGAAAUGUAUUAGCUUGGCGAGAGACAUCGCAAUUCAGCUUGGUAAUUUUUACCCUCACACUCGUAGUUGUGCUCUCGGCAAAUUUUGCUGGGAACGCCAUGCAUAAAUACUGCGACAGUGUCUCAAAGAAGCUCGUGCAUGAUAGACACAAGAAAGUAGACGAGGAGGAUUAUUCAAAAAGUAUGGCUCAAAUAUGUGUACUUUUGUAUAUUAUGGCUUGUGUGUCAAUGCUCGGUCUGAUGUAUCUUUCACCUGCCAAGAUUGAACAUCUUGCUCUUCUUUUCUUUGGUGGUCUUUCAGCAUCGUUUGUGUACACAGGCGCAUGGACCCCUAAACCUUACAUAUGUUUGCGAGAUAUUCUCAUCAUCAUAAUCUUUGGACCAAUUGCCGUUCUUUUCUCUUACGUCGCUCAAUGUGGACAGUUUGAUGUGAAAGCAAUCCUCUAUGCAAUACCUUUGGCUUUAAACGCCGAAGCAAUAUUUCACAGUGAACAUGCUAAGGAUAUGGUUAAAGAUCGAGACGUGGGUACUGUCACAACAGCUACUGUUCUUGGUCAUCGAGGAUCUUAUGUCUUCUACCUAUUCUUGUUGUUUACACCCUAUAUCAUAUUCAGUGUGAUGCUGAUGAAGGGAUCUUUUACCUUUGUGUUUCCACUAACAACAUUGAGAGGUGCUUUUGAUUUGGAAAAAUGUUUUCGUAAAGGUAAUCUGGAAGCUAUGCCAUCACGCACAGCAAGGCUAAACGCCUACUUGGCAAUUAUCUAUAUCUUAGUGACAUUUUGAAUGAAAAAAAUAAUGAGACAAAGAUUUUUGAUGAGCCAUGCAACACUCUAUAGUUUACUAUAUAGAAAAUUAAUCUUCAUUAAUGUACAGGAAAAUACAUCAUCUGAAAAAUCGAUUAA